AUGCCUCCUGAUAUCCGCACUCCACCCUUCGUACAUCAAAAUUCCUUAAGCUCCCUUAGCUCCAUAGAAUCCAGUGAAGACAAAUCAUCUUGUAGCAGUGACAUAGAAAACUCUCUAUCUCCAGUCACGUCCGAAUCCACAGUCGCAAGAGAAAAGCUCUCCGACCCCGCAUCAGCCACACCUGACGACCCUCUUGUUCCCAACGACGGUUCAGAAAAUACUGCGAAUAUCAAAUACUCGCUCGUGGUGUCCGAUGAAUCAAGUUCAGAACCAUAUACCUUAACUCAGAACGACGUACCGUUCGACUUUUCUCGCCUCUACGAUAAGAAUGACAAACAGAAUGAUAUUGUCCAGGGUCCGCCCGUCAUCUUUGAGGUUAUCAUUGAGGCGGAAGGUUUUGACAAGAGGGCAGAACAAUUGAGAUUCGAAAAUACAAUAAAAGCGCCAGAUGAACAUGCGAUACCACCGGCAACGACGACCGAACUUCCCCCUAUAAAGUUUGAAGACCUGAACGUGACCUCUGUCACAGAAACUCGAAUGGAAAUCCACAGUCAAAAGUUACUUGGAGCGAUUCGAGAAGUUGUCGACUACUACCCAAUGCAGAAUCUAAGUGGCGAUGUCGUGAUAAUCCAUGAGCCCUAUUGGAUACUGAUUCAUCAUGAAAAGGAGCUGCGAGGUCUCCUUCAAAAGAUGUCAUCUCCGCACGAAGAACACUCAUCAGACAAUGAAGAAAUAGCGGAGCACCUGAAAAUAUUGAUCGACUUCGUUCAGCCACAGAUUCAUCGACUUGUUCCUCCCAUCGAAAAACGCUUGCAAAACAAAGUUCCAACUAUCGCCUUUGAUGCAUUGGGAUAUCUUCUAAGACCAGGAACGCUGGCAUACUGCCAGUAUGAAGGCGAGUGGGUUGGAUGUGUAAUAAUGUGGGUGAAGAAAAAGAUUGCACACUGGAACAUUCACGUCUGGUUUCUUUCGUACGAUACUGAGGGUUUCACCCGCUCUUACACAGAUUCAUCAAAGUCACAUAAAAAACACACCAUUCCACGGUAUGAAGGAGAGCAAGAUGUUACUAGUCUCAAGGUCGUGCCAAGGGUGUACUGGGAUGCUAUCGACAAUGGAGCGAGGAGAGAACAGUUCGAAGCAAGAGGAGCAAGGAAAGUGAUGUUGUUAAACGCAAGAUUUCAGCUGAUGAACCAUAAAGAUGAAACACUUGAGGAACAAAAGCGUCUAUAUCAUGGCUCGAUCAUUUUAGACGAUCUAGUAAACAUCCAGAAUUUCGAUGCGAGCAUCGAGUCGUUAUGGAUCUGGCAUGAGAAAGAACUGAAAGAUCACAUCUGGAUGUAUAAAAAAGGAUCAGAAUCCACGCAACGCAUCUCUAAGCUCGCAGAAUUUCUCAAGCUUGAGGGAAACGAUCCGAAAAAGCUUAGCAAAGACCAAGCUUGGCUUAUAGGUCCUGAUGUCUACUGCUUCUUACUCGACAUAAAAACAUGGUCUAUCACACACAUAGACCGCCUCUCACCCAUCGAAGAAAGUAUUCCAACAAAGCCUGUGAUGGAAGAUGCCCACUUGAAAAUCAUCAAAGCUCUCGCUGCUAGCCGGACCGGUACAAAAUUAGCCUGGGGUGCUGAUAGUAUUAGAAAUAAGGGCAAGGGGGUGAUCAUCCUCCUCCAUGGGCCUCCAGGGGUAGGGAAAACAUACUCAGUAGAAUUCACAGCCCUGUCAAUCAAACGACCCCUCCUUGCCCUAACAAUAGCAGACAUUGGAAUCAAAGAGGCGAACAUAGAAAAAGAGCUCACUUCUUGGUUCUACCUCGCAGAUCGCUGGAAAGCGGUGCUGCUAAUUGAUGAGGCGGACAUCUUCCUUGAGCGUAGGAAACAGACAGAUCUCGCACGUAACGGCAUUGUCAGCGCAUUUUUGCGGAAGAUGGAAUACUUUUCCGGCCUCCUUUUCCUGACCACGAAUCGCGUCGGCCACAUUGAUGAAGCCUUCAUGUCACGUGUGCAUGUUGUGAUCGAAUACCCCCCGCUAGACGACGCCAGUCGACGCGCGAUUUGGGAAGGGUUCUUUAAUAAGAUGCGCGUCGACACAGGAGGCAGUAUACGUGUCGUCCAGAGUGCAAAGGAAUAUGUCAUGCAAGAUGCUAAAAAUCUUAAAAUCAAGCUGAACGGCCGCGAAAUUCGCAAUGCACUGCAGACUGCCAUUGCUCUGGCCGAGUUCGAGGCGAAAGAAGAUCUUGAUUAUAGCGAGAGUGAGAACAUUCAAGUAACGAAGGACCACUUCGAAAGGGUGCUGGAUAUGAGUCGCAGCUUUAGAGUUUAUCUCGAUUCAAUCAAAGUUGACACAGUGGAGUUGAGAGCGAAGAAUAUAUAUGGACGAAAUGAUACAGAGGUUUCAGAGAGAUUGUGA